GUCAGUGUUGGCUCGGCCUCUAAGCUGAGAGGACAGACCGAACUUUUCGACGUGGGAUCCGUACCGCACUUUCGUGCCUGUUCUCGCGGGGAUUUCGGCUCGCUCUCUGUUUUGAAAUCGGCGAAAGGGCUUUUUCGCGCUGUGUGUUUAUACUUCACGUCUGGACGUAUAUAUAGAGUGUGUUUUUUUAUUGGGCAGGAAGUAAGUGGUGUUUUCUGACACGGCUGUUGUUUUGUGUGUUGAGCUGUUUUUUGGGGGAUGUGUUUUGAUGUACCAGGAAUGAUAUGAGGGUGAUCUACAUCAAACAAAAUUGUGAGUGAGAUAACUAACCCUUCAACACAUGAUCUCACAUCACUAUGAGCUAUUCUCAAGGCAAGGGUCGUCUGUACCCUGCAUACAGUCUGAGUGGUUCUGAGGGUGAAGACUCUCCUAGACGAAACCAAAACAACCACACCUAUCAACAUCCAGUGUAUCAGCAACCCGCUGGUCUCAGCGAUACCCCCACCUCCGAGGAAAACGGAUCUGACGCCACUUUGACUGACUCGGAACUGGCAUUGGCUAGAGAUUCAACUCUUCUUGUGCAUAACGGCUGUUUGUUGGACAACGCACCGGGACACCGACCCCCUGAUGUUCCACCACGUAACCCUACUAUGAGCAGACUAAACGGGCGCCUGGCGUCGGCGCCGCCACUGGACAACCAAGAAUUCGAGCCUUCUUGUCUUGUCAGAACACCAUCCGGUACUGUUUAUAUACCCCCCGGUACUUUAGGUCUUUCAAAGAACCCAACAAUAGACUACAAGUCAAACUCAUCGUGUAGCAGCCCCUGUAAAGAAAUGAAAAAUCCUGACAGACUUGGAACAACCAACCCUUACACGGGGGCUCACGCUUCCCUCAGUUUACGCAAUAACCAACGUCACGUCAACUCUCACUUCACACCACCCAGCAGGUUUCACAUAAGGAAAGAUUUCACGUCAAGAUGUUCUUGGAAAUGUACAGCAAUCAUCUUCAUCAUGUCCACCGUCAUUCUUUUCGCUGGAGUGUCAUAUCUGUUAGCUUCCAGCCUGCUGAAUUGGUCUUAUCAGAGCUCGAAGCAAUGCUCCGUUCUAGUAGGCGAGAACACCCAGAUCGUCACCCCCUCCAAGCCUAACGCACCCGAAAGCAAUACGUCAACGUCAAGUCGACCCAAACCGACAUCUAACGGAGGUAAUGUCAAUUCCACGUCUGUAGCGAACAGAAAACGUAGGGAGGUGGAAACACCUCCAGAUUUACCUGCUUCUGUACUGUCUGACCAGCACUUUAGUAAUUCUAGUAACGAAACACAGCAUGAAGUUGGUUCUUUAUUGCAUGAAAACACUAGUUUAGAUACCCUUUCUGGUGAAGAGAUUGAUUCGUUGUUGGUAGAUAGUUUUCCUUCCAGUUCUGAAGAAACUGUCACUAGUUCAUCUGUCUCUGUCGAAACGACUACUGAUAUUGAAGCAAACACUGCGGUACCAUCUUCAACAAAUGCAGAUUAUUUAAACAUUACACAAAUGGACUACAUCAUCGAAGAAGAAUCAACAACUGAAACUGCAAUAACCGAAGAGAGUUCACGUACCUCUGCAUUCACUGACACGACUUCCAAUGAAUCCACUGCACGAGAAGAUGAAAGUGUGACAGAUGAUGUAACAUCGUCUUCAACCGUUCCUUUCGAUCAAUCCACCACAAAUAAACCACAUCGAACUCUAGAAAAAUCAACAGACAACUUGAGUCACGAUAUAAUCCAAGGUGAUGAACCAGGUUAUGGUUUUGCCUAUGACGAUGACGUCGAUAUCAUCACCUUUGAUGAAAAGCCACCAGGAGAUGUUAUAGACAUCGUUAGUUUGGACCACAAAUCCUCCAAAACUAAUUCGAUAUAUGAUAUUUCUUCUAAUGACACAACAAAGAACCGAACAACGUUACCAGCAGUCCCCACGAAGGACAAAUCUAGUUUCAACAAUCCCUCAACUUUGCAUGAACUUAACCAAACUGAAAUUAACUCUGGUGGUUUUGGUGAUGCCGAUCCUAACAUUAAAAUAAUAAAUUUGGCGCCUCCAAACAUUUCUAACAAUUCUAAACGUCUGCAAGUGAACAUAACAGUAUCCGCCCAAAACGACUUCAAAGCGGAAGAGCAAAUAUACGUGUUGUCUGUGUCAAUUCCUACUGACGGAAAAGUACCAGCUCCUGUGAUGAGCGAGUACAAGGAGUACCCACAAGAACAGCAGAAAGAUCACGUUGAAAAGGAGAACGCAGAUUCUGGCGGUGCUUGUCAGUGUUCGUGUCCAAGCUUAGACAUCAAUGAUUAUUUUGCAGAUUACAAGGAUGCGACGGAUUUUGACGUAACGGAAAAAAUGGUCGAAAUGACCUCAGUACCGACUGUAGCGGUUACAGAGUCGAUCAAAUCGAGUACCACUGAUUUUAGCACCACCCAAAGCAUCUCCUCAACUACUGAAAUGGAAAACUGGACAAACCUUUGCGAUACUUCCACUAAGUUACCUCCACCACCAACUAUCCUAAUAUUGGAAGAUGCGCGGACGUUCCCGGCACAAUCUUUCCCGCCAGACGGUACCACGUUCUCCCAGAUAUCGUUAGGACAGAAGCUCUCUCACGAGAUACCACCCUAUGGAUAUUGGAACAUGCAAUUCUACCAAUCAGAAGCGGCGUAUGUCAAGUUUGACUAUAGUAUUCCAAGAGGAGCAAGCAUAGGGGUCUAUGCAAGAAGAAAUGCCCUUCCCACACACACCCAGUAUCAUAUCUUAGAGGUCCUUAGCGGUUUCAAGGCUAGAACUACUCGUAGCUCUAAUUCAUUCGUGAAGAAGGAAGUCACUCAUUACAUGGAGCAAGGUCAUUGGUUCUUAUCACUGUACAACGACGAUGGAGAUGCUCAAGAAAUAACCUUCAUAGCAACCAUAGCUGAUGACAUGACACACAACUGCCCGAAUGGAUGCAGUGGUAAAGGUGAAUGCCUUAUGGGACACUGUCAGUGUAAUCCAGGAUUUGGUGGUGACGAUUGCAGUGAGAGUGUAUGUCCAGUUCUGUGCAGUCAACGCGGAGAGUACAUCAACGGUGAAUGCCAGUGUAACCCUGGCUGGAAGGGAAAAGAAUGUCAGCUGAGGCAUGAUGAAUGUGAAGUUCCAGACUGCAAUGGACAUGGACAUUGUGCUAACGGAAAAUGUAAUUGCAUCCGAGGCUAUAAGGGCAAAUUUUGCGAAACUGCUGAUUGCCCUCAUCCUACAUGCUCUGGACACGGGUACUGCGUGGAAGGUUCUUGCAUCUGCAAAAAGGGAUGGAAAGGUCCAGAUUGUGGCCAAAUGGACAAGGAAGCGCUGCAAUGUCUUCCAGACUGUUCGGGACAUGGUAACUUCGACCUUGAUUCCCAGACGUGUACGUGCGAACCAAGGUGGUCUGGAGAAGAUUGCUCCAAAGAACUGUGUGAUCUGGACUGUGGAAACCAUGGACAUUGCGUUUCUGAUGCUUGCCAGUGUGAUGCUGGGUGGACCGGAGAAUCCUGCAACAUCAAGCAGUGCGACUCGAGGUGCAACGAUCAUGGUCAGUGUAAAAACGGAACUUGCCUUUGCGUCACUGGAUGGAACGGCAAGCACUGCACCCUUGAAGGGUGUCCGAAUAGCUGUUCGAAUCACGGACAGUGCAAGCAAUCUUCCAACAAUCAAUGGGCUUGUAAAUGUGAUAGUGGUUGGGACGGUGCUAGUUGUAGCAUCCUUCUGGAGCAGAGUUGUAACGACGACAGAGAUAACGACAAAGAUGGUCUUAAAGAUUGUGAAGAUCCGGAGUGUUGUUCUAGUCCACAUUGUGAGAAGAAUCAGCACUGCUACGUUGCUCCCAAACCCUUAGAUAUACUUUUAAGAAAACAACCACCGGCGAUAACUGCUUCCUUCUUCGAACGAAUGAAAUUCUUGAUCGACGAAGACAGUUUGCAAAAUUACGCUAGACAAGGAAGCUUUAAUGAAAGCGUGUUCUGGAGCAACUUCAACACGAGCCGUUCAGCUGUGGUUCGAGGUAAAGUAACGACCACUAUGGGCAAAGGAUUGAUGGGAGUCAGAGUCAGCUCAAGUAAGGCCCAAGAAGGCUUCACAUUGACCAGAGAAGACGGUUGGUUCGACCUCCUUGUCAACGGUGGUGGAGCUGUUACUCUCCACUUUGGUAGAAAUCCCUUCCGACCUCACAAACACAUCGUCUUCGUACCUUGGAAUGAAGUUGUUAUAAUAGAUGACAUCAUUAUGACUAUGGGAGAUGAAAAGCAAGUUGGUUCAAUACCACAACCAUGCAUUAUCCACAACUACGACGUCAUGAAACCUGUUGUUCUGGCAACUUGGAAACACGAAUUCCAAGGUGCCUGCCCCGACAAAAGUUCAAUCUUGGCCGAGUCUCAGGUGGUCCAAGAAAGUCUUCCAAUCCCUGGAACCGGUCUAAAUCUGGUCUACCACAGUUCGAGAGCUGCAGGAUACGUAUCCACUAUUCAACUUCAACUUACUCCUGAAAUUGUCCCACCUUCUUUGAAGUUGAUUCAUCUGAGGAUAACGAUUGAAGGUAUCCUAUUCGAGAAAACUUUCGAGGCUGAUCCUGUUAUCAAAUACACUUACUCUUGGAAUAGAAAUAACGUAUAUCGUCAAAGAGUUUAUGGGGUCACUACAGCCAUUGUAAAAGUUGGCUACGAAUACACUGAUUGCAAAGAUGUAAUCUGGGAUGUCCAAACCACCAAACUAAGCGGUCUUGAUAUGAGUAUCUCGGACAUUGGAGGUUGGAAUCUUGACAUACACCAUCGUUACAACUUCCAUGAAGGUAUCCUUCAAAAGGGCGAUGGUUCUAACAUCUACUUGAAACACAAACCAAGAGUUAUAUUGACUACAAUGGGUGAUGGACAUCAACGACCUCUUCAAUGUAGAGACUGUGAUGGCCAAGCUAGUAAACAGAGACUGUUGGCACCUGUAGCUUUAUGCGCUUCACCAGAUGGGUCACUGUAUGUUGGCGACUUCAAUUUGGUCAGAAAGAUUUUGACGGAUGGUACAGUUAGGACUAUAGUUCGUUUGAAUGCUACUCGAGUCUCCUACCGUUACCACAUGGCAUUGAGUCCACUCGAUUCAGUUUUAUACAUAUCUGACCCAGAAUCCCAUCAAAUCAUAAAAGUGCGCAACACAUCUGAUUACUCCGAUCCAGAUCACAACUGGGAGACGGUAGUCGGUUCUGGAGAACGUUGUCUUCCUGGUGAUGAGGCCCAUUGUGGCGAUGGAGCCCUUGCUAGAGAUGCAAAACUGGCAUAUCCUAAAGGUGUGGCUGUCACAAUUGACAACAUCCUUUACUUCGCCGAUGGAACAAAUAUAAGGAUGGUGGAUCGUGAUGGUAUAGUGACCACAGUGAUCGGAAACCAUAUGCAUAAAAGUCACUGGAAACCGUUGCCUUGUGAAGGAACACUCAACAUCGAAGAGGUUCAUCUAAGAUGGCCGACAGAACUAGCCAUCAAUCCGCUUGAUAAUUCUUUGCAUAUAAUCGACGAUCACAUGAUCCUUCAACUGACCUCUGAUGGAAGAGUUAAAAUCAUCGCUGGUCGACCACUACAUUGCGGAUCUCCAACUUCUGGAUAUGAUGUGGAACUUGCGACACACGCCACCUUGGUGAUGCCUCAAAGCAUAGCUUUCAGUUCCUCCGGUAACCUUUACGUGGCAGAAAGCGAUUCUCAGAGAAUAAAUAGAAUAAGAAUGAUCGGCACUGAUGGAAAGAUUAAAUUAUACGCUGGUGCAGAGUCCAAAUGUAACUGUCUGGAAAGAGGCUGUGAUUGUUUCGAGGCUGAUCACUAUCUUGCUUCCAACUCCAAAUUCAAUACAAUAUCUGCCGUUACUGUUACCCCUGACGAACAUGUACAUAUAGGCGACCAGGCUAACUAUAGAAUACGAAGUGUCAUGCCUAGUAUACCCGACUCCACUUCCACCAGAGAGUACGAAAUAUAUUCCCCAGAUACUCAAGAAAUCUAUAUCUUCAAUAAGUUUGGCCAACAUGUUGCCACCAAAAAUAUACUAACAGGAGAAACUAUAUACAUCUUCACCUACAAUGUGAACACGAGCAAUGGUAAACUAAGCACUGUAACAGACGCUGCCGGCAAUAAAGUCUUCCUCUUACGUGAUUACGCCAGUCAAGUGAACUCUAUUGAGAACACCAAGGGUCAAAAAUGUAGACUGAAGAUGUCAUCUCCUUCCCAAAUGAAAAUGUUGAAGACUCUUAGCACUCCCGACAACUACAAUUUCACAUUUGAAUACCAUGGAUCUUCCGGUUUGCUCAAGACUAAGAUAGAUAGCAGCGGCAGAAGUUAUAUUUAUAAUUAUGACGAAUUCGGCCGAUUGACUUCUGCUGUUACGCCAACUGGAAAAGUCUUGAGCCUAUCUUUCGACUUGAGCCAGAAAGGAGCUACCGUAAAGGUCAGUCAAAACAACGUAGAACCCAUUUCGAUGCUCAUUAGAGAAUCGAGCGUAAGCACCAAGAUUGGUGAAGCUGAAAGUAAAAUUCUCAUGCAACCAGAUGGAGGAGUCACCAGCAUCAUGCCAUGGUUCCACUCAGUGUCCAUUGAUACUGUACCAUAUAAUGUAUUGGCUGACAAAGAAGCUCUUCUGGGAGAAAGUUAUCCAGUGCCAGCUAAGCAGAGGACUGAGAUUGGUGGAGACUUAGCCAAUAGAUUCGAAUGGAAAUACUUCAUCCGACCAAAUCAACAGAACAAGGGCAAGUCCUCGAUACCCAGAGUAAUAUCAAAAGUGGGAAGAAGGCUUCGAGUGAAUGGAGAGAAUAUCUUGUCAUUAGAAUACGACAGAGAAUCUUCUUCAGCUGCUGUCUUCAUUGAUGACAAGAUAGAACUGGUCAAUAUUUCUUACGAUAAAUCUGCAAGGCCUGUGAGGUGGACCCCAAGGAACGGAGUGUUUGCUCCGGUAGAACUUGAAUAUGACAGAUUCAGCAGAUUGAGUAGUUGGAAGUGGGGCGAUCUGACUGAAACCUACGGUUUCGAUAGAGCUGGACGAUUGUAUGAGAUUAAAUAUGGGGACGGUACCUCUAUGCAGUAUGCUUUCAAGGACAUGUUUAGUAGCUUGCCAUUGAAAGUCACUACACCCAGAGGCUCCGAUUAUCUACUUCAAUAUGACGACGCUGGCGCCCUCCAAUCUCUUACUACUCCACGAGGACAUAUUCAUACCUUCUCACUCCAAACUUCUCUUGGUUUCUUCAAGUAUCAAUAUUUCAGUCCCAUGAAUCGUCAUCCAUAUGAAAUAAUGUACAACGAUGAAGGUCAAAUCUUGUCUAUUGUAUACCCUCACCAAUCUGGAAGAGUAUCCUACAUCUACGAUGCAGCUGGUAAACUAGAAACAUCACUUGCUGGCAUGAGUUCCAUCCAGUACACUUACCACGAAACAUCAAACUUGGUGAAGAAUGUUGAGAUCGUCGAACCAUAUUUCGAAUUGAGACAAGAUUUCAAAUAUCAUGCGGGAGUGUUGAAAGAUGAGAGGUUGAAGUUUAAUGGUAAGAGUGGUCUGGAUAAUGCACACUAUAGAUAUCAAUAUGAUGGAAACGCUAGAUUGUCCAGUAUCGAUAUAGAUAUCAACGGUAAAGAGCUGCCGCAACUGAGAUUGAAGUAUAAUCAGAACAUUGGCAUGUUAGAAGGAAUAUCCGAUUUGAGAGUAUACAGGAAUACAUUCAACAGAUCUGUGAUGCAAGAUACCAGCAAACAGUACUUCACCAUCACCGAAACAGAUGAUAGGGGACGUUUGAAGACUCAACUCAUCAACAUCAAGUCAUUCGAUGUGUUCAGGUUAGAGGUUGAUUACGACACGAGGAAUAGGAUAAAGACACAAAAAAUUAUGAUUGGAAGAUCACAAUUCUUAGAUAGAAUAUCCUAUAACUCAGACGGACAUGUCCUGGAAGUAUUUGGAAGUAACAACUGGAAAUAUGUCUACGAUGAGAACGGUAACGCUAUAUCGAUCAUAAGGGACAAAGAGAAGAUCUCUUUAGGCUACGACAGUGGUGACAGGGUUGUCCAAUACGGAGAUGUCGAAUUCUCCAGCUACGACAACAGAGGAUUCGUGGUGCGUCGUGGAGAACAGAAGUACAGAUACAAUCCAAGAGGACAGCUGAUCCACGCUUUCGAAAGGGACAAAUUCCAGACCUGGUACUUCUAUGAUGACAGGGGAAGGAUGAUCUCUUGGAACGACGACAAAGGAAACGUAACACAGUAUUUCUACUCCAACCCCAUCACCCCUAAUCUGGUCACGCACGUCCAUUUCCCCAAGACUGGUAAAACGUUCAGAUGCUUGUAUGACUCCAGAAAUGUGAUCAUUUCGAUAGAGACCCCAGAGCAAAGAUUCUACAUUGGUACAGAUCAGAAUGGCUCACCCCUGGCUCUGUUUGACAUAAACGGAAAUGUCAUCAAGGAAGUGAGAAGGACACCGUUUGGUAACACAGUUUUGGAUACCAACCCCAACUUCUACCUACCUGUCGAUUUCCAUGGAGGUAUCCUUGAUCCUAACACCAAGCUGCUGUAUAUCAAUAACAGAUUGUACGAUCCAGUUGUUGGUCAGUGGAUGACUCCAGCUUGGGAGAGGCUUUCCACCAAAUUGAAUUCUCCAACCGAUGUUUUCAUCUACAGAUUCAUGAAUAAUGACCCCAUCAACAAGAACAGCCUAAUUGACUAUAUGACUGACAUGGAAAGCUGGCUUAAGAUCUACGGAUUCAACAUACAGAACAUUAUGGGCUCAGAGUACAUUGAAAAGAUGAUUUACCAACCUAAAGCAACAAUACAAAGCAGACAGUUGGCUCCUGAGUUUGGAGUUAUCUCUGGACUUGAAUGUAUAGCUAGCAAGACAAAAGAGAAAUUCUCUUCGUUGGACUUCGUACCGAAGCCUCUCCUCAAAGUGGAACCCAAGACCAGAAACUUGCUCCCCAGAGUGUCCUAUCGGAAAUCCGUGUUUGGUGAAGGUGUCCUAAUCUCAAGAAUCGAUGAUCGAGCACUUAUCAGUGUGGUUGAAGGCGUCAAUGGUGUUAUGCAAGAUGUAGUGACAUCUGUCUUCAACAACUCCUACUUCCUGAACGUCCAUUUCAGCAUACACGAUCAGGAUGUGUUCUACUUCGUCAAGGACAACGUUUUGAAGAUCAGAGACGACCUGGAAGAGUUGAGAAGGUUAGGAGGCCUCUUCAAUGUAACAACGCACGAGAUUACAGAUCAUGGCAACAGUGCGCCAAUCAAAGAGCUGAGACUACAUAAUCCAGACGCUGUGGUCAUCAUCAAAUACGGUGCUGAUCCCCAACAGGAAACUCAUAAAAUACUCAGACAUGCACACAAGAGGGCAGUCGAGAGAGCUUGGGAGAUCGAGAAACAGCUGGUAGCUGCAGGCUUCCAAGGCAGAGGGGAAUGGACUGAGGAAGAGAAGGAAGAACUCAUAUCUCAUGGGGACGUUGAUGGAUAUGAAGGUAUCGACCUACACAGCAUUCACAAAUACCCGCAAUUGGCUGACGAUCCCGGCAACGUCGCCUUCCAAAGAGACUCUAAGCGUAAACGGAGAAAAAGUGGCAUGCGCAAACGGAGAAACCACCGGCAAGUGUCGUGAUUUUCCGAAAGAAAAACUUUGAAUGUGCCAUACGACAUCAAAUGAAUCAAAUACUAGUCGAUCUAAUUUAUAAUUUUAAGGACAAAUUAACUAUUUUCUAGAUAGUGACUAGACAAUGUCACCAAACUAUUUUGAUAUUAAAUCAUUUUGCGAAUUUAAAAAAUUCCAAAAAAGUCCGAUAGCGCUUCUUUAGUGCGUAAAAUGAGAAUCGGCGAGGCAAUAAAUUGAAGACGUAGAAAAUUUCACUCAAAAUUUUGCAACCCCCCUUGAGAAAACCGGAUGUGGGAUAAAGUUUUCAAUUACCAAAGUAGGCCUAAAAACUUGUCAACCCACAAUACUUUCCCCAAGUGAAAUUCUUCUGCUUUACCUUCCAAGUUGAGGGCUCAUUCAGAAUGACCCUUCGAACUGUGUAUAGCCAUAAGGGUAAGGCCUAUCAGAGAACGAGCAAACAUGCACAUAUUAGUUUUAGAGGUAGCGUGCUGAGGCCCAAAUACUGACGAAAUGUAUAUAAUCAGAAGCUUUUUAUAUGGAAAUGUAGAAGAGAGUCAGAUACUUCAGAUAGAUAAAUGAUAAUGGAACUUUUCGUGCCGCAUUCUUGUGAUUAUUAUCAUGAUAAACCAGUGGCGUUGACUGAUAAUAAGUUGCAGUUUUACUGAUGACUUCUUAUAGAUGGACCUUAUCGAUAAUAAUGUAGAAAUUCACUCCAUAAUACUCCAAUGAUAAUUCUCCAAUAACUCGUAGAAACAUCUGUUUUUACCUACUCCAAAACAACUCUAUACAGGGUAAGUCUUUGACAUUGAGAUGAGUUAAGAAAAAAGGUUGAAACAAUUAAUAUUCAAGCAUUUUUACUACAUGCUUGAAAAAACAAACUUUUUAUACUUCAAGUUUCACAUUGAGAAAAAUAAUAUACAUUAUUUCAUUCAAAAUGAAUUUCCAUCAAGUAAGCAAAAUCUUAAAACAUUUUUAGGAAUUACAAAAUUCUGUUAAUUCCAAAUGAAAACAAGUCAAAGGCUCAUCCUCUAUAUACAAAGAAAACCUGAUUAACUUUCCUACGUUCAGAUCUAUACCUUCUCACUUGAAUAUUAUGAAUAUCAUUCAAUAGAUCUGAAGUGAAGCUUCAUCAAGUUUGAUUGAAAAUUAGUACACUAUGACUUUUUUACUUUCAUGUGAAUGAAAUCCAUUGUAGUACUGAAAAUGUAGCAUUAUCUUAAAACACAGGGUUCCCAUUCAAAACACAUAACAUCACAAUGACAUUCAAAUCGCUGGUUUGAAAUAAUACUCUGUUUUAUAUGUGAUAUUUUAUUUAAUCCCAUUAGGUAACACAAUUUAAUCCAAUCAGUCCAUGUAAAUAGUACUCUAAUAGUCGGUUUUCAUUAAGUUUUCCAAUUCUAUUUACAAUGCUUCAAAACACCCAUCAUGAGAAUACCCACUUGAAAAGAUUAUGACAAGAUUAACAUGACAUCAAAUUUUUAUAAUUCCAUUUUCUUUGUAAAAUCUACUUUCAAUUGGGGAUAUUUUACGAUGGGCUUUUUCCAGUUGUUAGAAUAGAACGUUCAGGAUGGUACUCAGUUCUCAAAUCAUCCCAAUCAUAGUGUAGUCACUAAAUACGACUAUAUAUGUGUCCUUACAGCCCCUCCACAUCCUUAGCUGCAAUAGUCUUCUUGUAAAGUACUUAUGGUACCGCUGUUGUAUGAUAAUAAUACUCGUUCCAAAAGUGACUGGCCAUCGAUUCUUCAUAGGUUUUUUGGGUGUUCUAGAAUCCAUCGGUGUGUCAUAUUGUUAACAGUAGAAAUUUACUCUGGAUUUUAGAUGGUUUCGAAUUUAAUUUUUUUGGAACGAGUAGAAACAUGUUAUACCAGUGUAUCAAUAACUAAUAUUUUAGCUGAUGUACUUACGUUUUUUUGGUCAGAACUGUACUGGGACGUUGAGAGACGAAAGUAACUGGGGCAUUUUCGAUGCCAAUGGAAGUAUGACUGAUAUUUUUUCUAAUGUGACUAAAGUAAAAGCAAUAUACUUUAUAUCUUGAAUAUUCUAGUUAUUUUUUAUAAUUCUGUGCAAUUGUUGUGUGGUUGUCAAUUAUCCGGUAUUGGCAACUUGCACGUGAUGCAUUUGACCAUAAGAUUAAAUUGUAAACUGUAAUACUAAAUUUUAUGUAUGAUGUACAUAUAUAUAAAUCUAUUGUGUAUAUUGUUUUGAUAUGUAAAUAUAUUAUGUUUCAUUCAUUUAAUAUACUCGUUUAUUAAAUGCAAAGUAUUUAUGACAACAAA